AGAGACAUUAUUGCUUAUAAGUAUGUAGUAGUGAAUUAGAGAUAGGGAUGAAACGUAACUAUUUGUGAUUCAUCCAUGUUUUUCGGUUUAUUAUUACUUUCCACACACUUUCACCAAAUCCUCAAAAAUUCACUAUCACCUUAUAAUCCUUUAUUGUCCUUAGACUACUCCUUUAUUGUCUCCUUAAACAAAGCUAUGAAAUAAUAACCAUUGCCUUUCACAAAAAACAUUUGGUGACAAUUAUUCAUUAGCUAAACAAAAGUUACAAGGAAAAAAAUGUUGUCCUUAGUGAUUGAAACUUCAAAGAAAAAGAAGAAAAGAAACAAGAUGAUAUAGACAUAGAAAAAAGAGAAAGAAAAGAUACAUUUUGAUCUAUUGAUUUUGGCUUGUCAAGAUGGCUUUUGGCUUGCCAAUGCAAAUGAGACCGGCCACUUUAUGUGCGGACAAAUUGGCUAAUCUUAUUGUUGGAGUCGCUAAAAACUUUGCUCUAUUUAUAGCAAUGGUGAUUGUGUGCAAUGGUGUUCAUUUUCUUCUAAAGCCUUAUUCACAACCUAGACUUUCUUCUGACAUACUUGUAGGACUAAUUGUUGGAAACAUAGGAUUUGUACGUGAUCUUUUUGAGAAAUUCAACAAAACAUUUGGAUUCAUCAUAGAUUUUGGCAUGAUGAGUUACAUGUUUGCAUUAGGUAUUGAAAUGGAUCCAUAUGUAUUCUUACAAAAACAAACAAGACAUGUUAAAGUUGCAUAUUCAGGAAUUAUCACAACAUUCAUAUUAGCAAUCAUUUUAAGUCCAUUUGUAAGGUAUUUUCCAAGCCUACACAAACUACUUGAAUUCACCUCAGCUUUAGCCAUCCUUCUAGCUAGCACCGAUUCGCCGGUGCUAACGCGCUUACUAACGCAGCUCAAAAUCGGAAAAUCGGAUAUUGGGAAGCUUGUUAUCGCGGCCGCAAUGCACUCGGAUUUCGUGUGUUAUUGCAUACUUUCCAUUUGUUAUAUACUUACUCCACUCCCUGAUAUUUGCAUGGAUUUAACACAAGAUUUUGAUCAUAAAAAAAGGACUAAAAUGGCUUUUGCAGUUUUUGGAGAAGUAGUUUUCACAUUAAUGGUUUCACCUUUUUUUAUGCAUUGGGUUGAUAAUGAAAAUCCAGAUGGUAGACCUAUGAAAGGACCACAUUUAAUACUUUCAAUUGCAUUUGUGGUAUUAAUGAUUGCUUCUUCAGUGUUAACUGGUUUUAGUCCACUUUUAAGUGCUUUUAUGGUUGGUGUUUGUUUUCCAAGAGAAGGUAGAGUGUCAAAAUGGGUUAUAACCAAAAUCAAUUAUUUGUUGAAUACAAUUUUUUUCCCAAUUUUUUUCUUGUGGGUUGGUUUUGAAGCUGAUUUUAGGCAAUUUGAGGCAAAUAAUGUUAACACAUGGAUCAAAAUUUUAUUACUUUUGAUUGUGUCAAUAGUUGGAAAAGUUGUUGGAGCACUUUUUACUGGGAAAAUGCUUGGAAUUCAUUGGCCUGAAUCAGUUGCAAUUGGAUUGCUUCUAACUACAAAGGGUCAUUUGCAUAUCUACUUGGCUAUCAAAGUGAUGGGUUGUGGUAGUGUAACAUCUAUAUCAUCAGUCAUUGGUAUGAUAAUUGCAAUCUUUAUAACAGUUUUAUACACACCAUCGGUUGUAGCGCAAAUCAUAAAACGCGCAAAGAAAAGGGUGCCUACUCAUCGCUUAGCGCUUCAAUCGAUCGAUCCAUCGAGCGAGCUAAGGAUCCUUUUAUGUGUUCAUGGAACUCACAAUGUACCUGCUUCCAUAAACUUUGUAGAGAUUUCAAAAGGGUCGGCCGAUCCCGGCAUUCUAGUAUAUGUCACUGAUAUGAUUGAACUAACUAACGAUAUAUCAGUAACUUUGGAAAAAGAUGAAGGAGUGCAAACAGCAACUGUGAAAGAGAAGGAAGUGAUGGAAAUGAGAGAAAAGAUUACAAACUCAUUCCAAGCACAUGUGUUGGAUAGUGGUGAAGGUAUAACAUUGAAAAGAACAAUGGCAUUGUCAACAAUUAAUAAUAUGCCACAAGAUAUUUGUAUUUUAGCAGAGGAUUUGAUGGUUGCUCUCAUCAUAUUACCAUUCCAUAGGGGUCAGAGACAUGAUGGAACAUUGGAUGGUGGUAAUCAAGGGUUCAGAUAUGUGAACAGAAAGGUACUAAGAAGUGCACCUUGUUCAGUUGGAAUUCUAGUAGACAGAGGCCUUGGAACACUUGAACGUAUAUCAAGAUGUCAAGUAACAAUAAACGUAGCAGUCAUAUUCAUUGGUGGUAAAGAUGACCGAGAAGCACUCGCCUACGCCGGCCGCGUAUCGCGACACCCCGGCGUAAAACUAACAGUAAUAAGAUUCUUAGUAGACACAAAUGCAGAAUCCUCAAGAUUAGUCGGUUACAGAAUCAUCCUACCUGAACAAGAAAAUGAAAUGCAGUUAGAUGAUGAAUGUUUUGCAAAUUUCUAUGAAAAACAUGUGAUUGGUGGAAGGAUUUCAUACAUGGAAAAACACCUUGCAAAUGCAGCUGAGACAUUUUCAAUUUUGAAGUCAUUUGAAGGACAAUAUUCAUUGGUGAUUGUAGGAAAAGAAGGUGGCGUUAACUCUAUUUUAACAAGAGGGAUGAAUGAUUGGCAACAGUGUCCUGAACUUGGACCUAUAGGGGAUGUUCUUUCAGGACCUGAUUUUUCAAUGACUGUUUCUGUGUUGAUUAUUCAACAACAUAGACUUAAAGGGGAAAUAGAUGGAUUAGAUGAAGAUUUUUCUGUUAUGUCAUAUAAUAAGAUUUAGAUAGAAAGAUGGAUAUAGGUAGUGUGUAUUGUAGAUGUAGAUACAAUUGUAUGUAGCAACAUGGAAAUAGAAAACUAAUAUGUUAAUUUGUGAUAUAUAUAUACAUACAGGUAAUGAUUCAGAA